UCUUCCCAUGGCACAGAGAGGUGAGGGUGGGGAAGUGAACAGCGAUGAAGGGAGGGUUGGGCACUCGGACCACACGGGUGGUGGUGGUUCUAAGGGUGGUGGGAUGGAUGAGUUGUCGACCGGAGGGGAUGAGUCGGCGGCUAAAGCGAUGUCAGGGGAAGGGGAAGUGCUGACAGAGAGACCUCGGGAGGAAGGGAAAAAGAGAGGUCGGGUGGAGACGUUAAAGUUGGAGACUCACGUCAGACAAGGGAAGUGCUAUCUAAGAAUGUACAGCAGACAUCCGAGGAUGCGCAACGGACAGAGGUUGAGGUCUCUGGGGGAAAGGGUGAAUGGCCUGAGGGCAAGAGGGGUUAUGAGGGUAUUGCGUACGCUGGGGGGGGAAGUGUGUCGCAAUAGGGGGAAACGGCGGUGGGUGGCUUGGAAAAAGGAACCAGAGACAGACGCUGAAAUCGCAACCCGUCUGAGUUGGGAGGAGAACGCAAGAAUGUUGAGGGAAAAGCGCCAACAAGCGGCCAGUGCGAAACUGGCAAAGGAGAUGGAAAGCACGUUUCAAGCAGCAGACAACUAUGUGCCACCUCUACAACUAUGUGAGGGAGACGAAUCUAGCCAGCUUGUAUUCAGCAACUCUGAGACGGUGUCAGGUCAAUCAGUGAUGGCGGGAAAUCGCUUCGAGUCGUUGUUCGACGAAGGUGAGGAUGACCAGUUUCCUCCACUACCAUCUGUGCAACGCGUGCUCAACCCAUGGCAGGUGGUGGAACAUAGGGGGUCUAAGAAGAAGAAGUUGGACACACCCUCCCCUGAAAUCCCUAUCCCUUUACGAAUGGUGGCUUUGGCUGAGCAGCACCAUGAGAAGCAGAGAAAGGAUUUCGAGCUAAGUAAAAAGGUGAUUGAGAAGAAGUGGGGAAGGGUACAGAGGGACCCGGAAGUCCAGAAAAUGAUCAUGGAGAUCACAAAACUUGAUGAGAAGGAGGAAGAGGCAAAGAAGAAGGUGAAGGAGGCGGAAAAAAAGAAGGCCCAUUACGAGCGAGAAGUGGAGAGGGAGAAAACAGCCCUUGAAGGCGUGAAGAGCGAACACAGGGAAAAGACACAGGAACUUUCCGCUGUAAAGAAAAGACAUGGUGGGGCUAAGCAGAAAUCUGCCCUGGGCAAGGCACAGGAAGGGGGGAAGGGGAGAGGGCAAAGGGAGGAGGGGGGGAAGGGUCGCGGACUGGGGNUGGACGGGACGAGGGGGACAAACGGUAAGGGAUACAUUAUUCCCAAGAUAUUGCCGUCCACUCCAGAAAACUCUAACGACAGUGUGUACAAGGAGGUUCUGGCAAAGUACCCUGGUCUCGAUGGGAAGGCACUCGCAGAGAAGUUCCUCUCCGUGGGGGAGGCNACGGGUAAGAAAGCGUUGGCAUUCUUGACUUCGGCGUUGGGGAGGGUGGUGAGUUCAUCGUCACCCGAGAAGUUGGUGUACGACUUGCAGACGUUUGCAGUACCUACUGGAACGCCGUAUAGCGAGUACUUGACUACCUUGCAGGGGUUGGUGCACAAUGUUCGAAACCUGGCAAUUGUGACGCCGCAGGACAACACAAUUCAACUGGCAGUCAGAGAGAGUGUGUCUGAUCAAUACAGUGUUUUGACCGCUUCUGUGUUCAAGGGCAAGGAGUUGGGCCGAAAUUUCAAGGCGGUGAAGGGGGGGGGCAAGGACUCCGACGCGGAGGAUGGCUCAGGUAAGAGCUCCUCGGGGUGGAGGCAGGGACGGAGAGGGGGUGGAGGAGGAAGGACAGGGUCACGGGGAACGAAUACAUUCCGGUCCGCUUCUCCUGGCAGGUCAGAUGGUGGAUAUGGGGGGAGGGUGAUGACGGUGGAGGACAUGGAUUACGAGGACGAAUGUGCAGAGUUUAAGAGAGUCUAUGACAUUCACGCCGCGCCUCGCACAAACAGCCAAGCGACUGAUUGCCCUUUCUUCGCGUGGUUCACGUCUGUCGAGGAAAAGGACAGGCACAGGCGGGCGUUCGGAUUAACGUGUUUGAACUGUGGCAGUGAGGGACACUUUGUGCGGAUUGUGAUAAGGGGUACAUUAACGCCUCGAACAUGUUGAACAAAGAUUUGGCAAACGGGUCAAAAGCCGAAGUGAAGGCAAGGUGGGAUCUAUGGUUGCAUCGCCUGAGGCAAUGGCAAGCAAAUCGGAUGGAGGAGAGGAGGAGGGAGAGGAAAAACUGAUGGUGCGACGGUCAGAUGGCCAGCUUGCCGGUAGCACCUUGGCCGAGAUGCUUUGUGGGUGAUCAGGCAGAGAAAGAAGAGAGGAAGGAGGGAGAGGUGAAGGGAAACAGGAGU